AUGCAAUCUAAAUCCACGAUCACCAUCAGCCACGACAACGACGCCGAUGAAUCGAUGGAAGAGUCUGUCUUCGAGCAGAUAUGUGACACGAUAUUUGUUCUGAUCCCUGAAGUGCCGCGACUGAAGCAGCUGUUCAUAAGCUGGAGCCAGCUCGGCACGGAAGACAGAGUGCAAUUGGAUGAGAAAGUGGCAAACUGGUGCUGUCCUAACAGGCGACAGCUUUACAAACCUCUGCAGGAGGCGCUUGUCCGCUGGGAGACGGUGCAGGACACCCAAGGCGCCCCCGGUUGCGAGCCAGGUAUGGUCUCGUUUUCGUGCGAUCCUCAGCUGGAGGAGGAGCUGGUCAGCGUUAUUUACAGCCUGGAGCUGCUGUUCACGAAGAAUCGAAGGAGCAGAGAGGUCGACAUGGACUUCGAGGUUGGCCGUUGCACGGACCUCCAGAGGGACAUGUCCCUGAACUUGAGCUGCGAUGGAAAUUUACGUUCCAUCCUCAGUCCAAAAGACAGAACUCCUCAUUCUGUUCACAGCUGCGGCUACAUAGCCGAUUUCAAACGAUCUGACGACGAACUGAGCGGCUACUUGACCAAUUAG